AUGAUCUUAUCAGCCUCGGGUGCAUCCUCGCUCAAGGCCCAUCUGGCCAACGAGGAAGGAUUUGGCAUAGCCCAAUCUCUCACAGCAGCCCACAAGAUUGGCUGUCAUCACCUUGCCACGGCGAAAGGGUCUGGGUGUUAUGCGGCCAGUGUUGGCUUUGGAGGAGAGGUAAAGCUAUGGCGUUACGAGGAUGGGAUGUGGAAUGAAGACCUCAAAGAUAACGGCAAGGUAAAAGAUAUAUGGGCUGUUUCUCUGUCCUCAGAUGCGCGGUACCUUGCCGGCACCACCCAUGAUGGCCGUAUUAAAGUCUGGGACCUUCAGAACAACAUAGAGGAGGUAUGGAACUUUGAGACGAGAGGGAGCUUUGGCAUAGAUCAACACAAGCUGAUGAACCUAGGUCUUGCCUCACCCGUUAGAGCGGUAUCGUUUUCUCCCGGAGGAAAGUUACUGGCUGCUGCGGGGGACUCUACAAUGAUUAUGAUUUAUGAGACAAGCUCCGGGGAACAGUUUGCAACACUGAUCGGCCAUGCCGCGUGGGUUACCUCCUUGGACUGGAACGACUCUGGCGAAUAUCUCCUAAGCGGUUCGUUUGACGGCAAAGUUAAAGUGUGGUCAAUUGAGCGGAAGGCCUGUGUUGCGACGCUCUUAGAAUCUGAUAAGGCUAUAUGGAGCGUUAAAUGGCUGCCAAAGGUGGGAAAGGCAGAACGGUUCGCGGCAGCAGGCGCCAGCCAGAGCAUUGCAUUAUACCGAGAAGCUAACAGUAGCUAA